AUGGAGUUUAUCUUUUUGUUUCUUGAGAAGGAGGAACAAUACAACUCAGGGAGAGGGAGGGACAAUACAACCCAGGGAGAGGGAGCGACAGUACAACCCAGGGAGAGGGAGCGACAGUACAACCCAGGGAGAGGGGGCGACAGUACAACCCAGGGAGAGGGAGCGACAGUACAACCCAGGGAGAGGGGGCGACAGUACAACCCAGGGAGAGGGAGGGACAAUACAACACAGGGAGAGGGAGGGACAAUACAACCCAGGGAGAGGGAGGGACAAUACAACCCAGGGAGAGGGAGGGACAAUACAACACAGGGAGAGGGAGGGACAAUACAACCCAGGGAGAGGGGGCGACAGUACAACCCAGGGAGAGGGAGGGACAGUACAACCCAGGGAGAGGGGGCGACAGUACAACCCAGGGAGAGGGAGGGACAGUACAACCCAGGGAGAGGGAGCGACAGUACAACCCAGGGAGAGGGGGCGACAGUACAACCCAGGGAGAGGGGGCGACAGUACAACCCAGGGAGAGGGAGCGACAGUACAACCCAGGGAGAGGGGGCGACAGUACAACCCAGGGAGAGGGAGCGACAGUACAACCCAGGGAGAGGGAGGGACAAUACAACACAGGGAGAGGGAGCGACAGUACAACCCAGGGAGAGGGAGGGACAGUACAACCCAGGGAGAGGGAGCGACAGUACAACCCAGGGAGAGGGAGGGACAGUACAACCCAGGGAGAGGGAGGGACAAUACAACCCAGGGAGAGGGAGCGACAGUACAACCCAGGGAGAGGGAGUGACAGUACGAAGACGAGGGAGCGAUUAG